AUGAAGUUUGAACCGGAUAACGAAAUAGGACAUCAGUUAAAAAGAAACUUGAUACAAAAAAUAGUUACUGAUUUUCAAAAAGGACAAGAUGAUGCUCUGGAUAUUGCUGAUUAUAUUAUUUAUUUAAUCGUUGCUAAAAAAUCCCAUGAGAAUAUUGUUAAUGAAGUUCAAGAUACUGCUGAUAUUACCAUCACUGUUGAUUUCGUUGAUCUUGUUUAUAAUGAAAUAGCUAAAUUGGAACUGCAAUAUGAGCAAGCACAACUACAACAACAACAACAACAACAACAACAGCAGCAACAGCAACAGGAACAACAACAACAACAACAACCAUCACAACAACAGCCUCAAGUUACUCUAUCAACUGGACAAAUUCCAUCUGGUCCAAAGAGACUAUUAAGUGAAGAAGAAAAAUUUGCAUUAAGACAACAACGUUUUGGAGCUGUUAGUAAUCCAGUUAUUAAAACUCAUGGACAUGGUGGUGGUAUUUCCAAGAAUAGACCUAAUGGACAUCAUUUGCAAAAUAAUAAACAAUUUACUAAUGUUAAACGUUUAGAAAAAGUAUUCAAUGCAGGUGCCAAGAAUGGAGCUGUUAAAUUUGUUCAACAACCACCAAAGGGUAGAUGUCCAGAUUUCCCAUAUUGUAAGAAUAAAGCAUGUGAAAAGGCUCAUCCUUCAAAGAAUUGUUUCCAAUAUCCAAAUUGUCCAAAUCCUCCUGGUACUUGUAAUUAUUUACAUCCAGAUCAAGAUCAAGAAUUGAUUGCUAAAUUGGAAGUUUCCAGAAAGGAAUAUGAAGAAAAGAAAAAGAAUCGUAUGAUGGUUCAACAAGGUUCUUGUAAAUAUGGAUUAAAAUGUGCCAAACAAACUUGUCCAUUUGCUCAUCCAACUCCUUCAAACCCAGAAGCAAAGAUUGAAACUUUGGAUUGGUGUGCACAAGGUAAAGAAUGUCAAAAUAAAGAAUGUACCAAAUCACAUCCUCCACCUCCAACUGCUACAGCAGCUACUACUGAAAAGUUUGAUUUCUUCUACUGA